GUACACAGUUAGCUCUAACAUAUACAGCGAGUAACGUUGAGUCGUGACUAUUGUUUAAUUAUAAGCAAGAGGAUCGUCCGGGCGGACUGCGUUAAAACAGCGUCUCUAGCCAGCAUGCCUCCUGCUCAGAGCCUUCAAUCCAGCGGACUGACCCUGUCUGAAACAAGCAUGGGUUCCUUUAAGAGGAGGAAGAGGAAAUCCAUAAUAGUGACAGUGUUGCUGCUCAUCGUAUCUGUGCUCAUCCUCAUCUUUGGCCUGGCAGCGACUACCAGGACGCAGAACAUCACAGUGGGUGGCUACUACCCAGGAGUCAUUCUGGGCUUUGGCUCUUUUCUGGGAAUUAUUGGCGCUCAUUUGAUAGAGAACAAGAGGCAGAUGCUCUCGCCAACGAAUAAAAGCCUGGCCGAGUGGGACUCUUGUCUGGUUCCUCACGCGUUAGUGGCAUCUAUUGUCUUCAUCAGUUUCGGAGUGGUGGCUGCCUUCUGCUGUGCUAUUGUUGAUGGAGUGUUUGCUUCCAGGCACAUUGACCUCAGGCCUCUGUAUGCUGGCCGCUGUGAGUAUCACUCCAGUGGGACUGAACGUGAUGUGCCCUGUCAGACAUCAUCGCGCACAUGUAACCUGCGUGUGAAGGGCAACACCUGUUACUGCUGCGACCUCUAUAACUGCGGGAAAGAACAUCCUCUUAUGGGACUUCAGAAUAAAGAUGUUUUGAAAAAGUUUAGGAAAUCAUCCAUGAUUUGGAAGGCUAGCCGUGUAGAGGUGAUUGGAGGCUACCAUGAAUACACAGAUGUGAAGAGCUGCGAGGACGUGGUGCACCUCUAUCACCUGUUGUGGUCCGCUACGAUCCUCAACAUCGUGGCCCUCUUUCUGGGCAUCAUUACUGCUGCGGUGCUGGGAGGCUUCAAAGACAUGACUCCCUCGGCUGUCUCAGAGAGCACAUCUGAACCGGAGACCAUCACAGCUCCAGUCCCCUCACAGCCCCCUCCACCCACCACCACCCUCAACUCAUAUUACAACACUGCCCCCUGCCUGCCACCUUACACUGCCUACGACCUGCAGGGCUCCUACAUGUUCCCGGACUCCUCCGGCCUGUCGGAUGACUCCCAGUCUGGAGCCAGCCACCUGUGGCCCACCAUGAUCCCUCCACGCUACUCUCCUCCUCACAACCAUCCUGAUGAGAAGCCCCCACCGUACAGCCCGUAAAAUGGCUUAGAGCAAAGAAGGCACCUGAAACGUUACCGGGUGCUGAUUGGGUGGUUUGAAUGCACAAUUCCUCUGGGCUUUUCCUCACUAUCUUUGAGAACUGUGUUGAAGGAAAGGUGGCGAGGAAGAGGAUGGCCGCGGGGCACACUCCCUUUGAGUUCAGCCCAACACAAGGAGUGUUUGUCUUCCUGGGCACCACUCACUCUCAUGCUUACAGCGUGUGUGUGUAUGCGUGUGUUUGUGUGUGCGUAUACACAUCAAGAGAGAGACAACCGUUUCAACGCCAGGACUGUUUACACAUCUAUCUGCCUUAAUGCAAAUGGGCUAUCAGCGCUGCAGCUCUCGGCCUUAAUCUGGCAUAAAACUGGACUUAAUCUGUACAAGGUCAAAAACUCUCCUUCAGCUCCUGCUUUAUGUUCACUCCUGUUUAUUACAUAUUGUAAAUGCUUCCUGCAUCGAGUAACACAGAUGACAACGUCCUCACUGUUUGCACUGUGAGGAUCUGGACUGAUGAGCACAGCUACGUACAGUAUAACCCUCCUAUGAUAUCAAACCCCAGUUACAUGAAAGCUUUGGUGUCUUCCCCAUUUUAGGAAUCAGAUAGAAAAUGAAAAACUAGUUGUAGGCCCGGGCAGUCGUUUCUACACUUGUUAAUUAGGCAAAGUUAGCAGUAAUGGAGGUAUUACAUGCUCUUAAUGUAUGUACAGCAGUAUUAUACACAGAUGCUCUUUUAGCAAGCUAAGCCUAAGGUAUACAAUCAGAUCAUGGUAUCUAUUCAUCAACCCUUCAGUUUAUGUUCAAAAAUAUCUUGAUCAGUUUGUGGUGAACUUUGCAGAGCAAUGAAGAAAAAAGCUAUUCUGCAGUAGUUGUUAAGGAAGUAUGAUUACGGUUACACCCAAAUAUCCUAUUUAUUGUGUUUUCACUGAAAGCUGCAAAGCAGGUAAGAUUAUUUCAUCUCUCCUUGUAAGUAGUCGCAAUAUCACAUCUAUGAGUCGAAAUGUGUUGUCUUUGUCAGGAAGAAACCUUAGUAAGCCCGAGUGUAAACAGUCGGUGCUGGAUUCACUGACAUGAGAUGGGAGAUCAUGAAAAUUAAAAAAACGGUUGUUCCCUGAGGAAGAGUUAAGAAGAGUAAACUAUGUGAGACGGGUCGCCGUCAGCUUUAAUCCCUGCUUUUUAUAAUUUAAACAACACACUCUCAGGGGCUGAUUGUCAGUUCCUUUUUGUCUUGCCAUUAAAAAAAAUGUUUUGUGUAAUUCAAA